GUGUUUUAAUCCUGUUUUUAGUUUAUUGCUGAUUUUAUAUUCUGGAUGUUUUAAAAGAGUUGUUUUUACUGGUGACUUUUAUUGUUUUAGCCUCUUUGUAAACCGCUUUGAGUGUUGUCGUUUCAACGAUCAAGCCGUGUGCAAAUUUUAUGAAAUGAAAAUAAAUGUGGCCCCAUGGGCUGGAAAAGAGAACCCUUGGCGCUGUGACUGCUCCCUGCACUGGCUGAGCUCCUGGAUCAAGGAAGACGGGCAGCGGCUCCUGAGCCCCCAGGACAAGAAGAUCGUGUGCGCGGAGCCCCCUCGCCUGGCCUACCAGAGCCUGAUGGACGUCUCGGGCAACAGCCUCAUCUGCAUCCCGCCGGUCGUGCAGGUGGAGCCCCUGGAAGUGACGGCGCGGCUGGGCGACGACCUGCGCGUUUCCUGCCAGGCCUCGGGCUACCCGCAGCCCCUGGUAACAUGGCGCAAGCUGGCGCACUGGCGGGGGGCCGGGGGGGCCAAGGCCAGCGGCUCCCGGCUCCCAGGCGGGACCUUUGCCCUGAGCGAGCGCAGCGUGGGGGAGCGCUUUGAGCAGUCGGACACGGGCAGCGGGAUGCUCUUCCUCAACAACGUGACGGUGGCCCAUGCCGGCAAGUACGAGUGUGAGGCUUCCAACCCGGGUGGGACGGCCCGGGUCCUCUUCCACCUCAUGGUCAACCUCUCACAGCAGCAACAGCAGCAGACGUCGCGCGGCUACCCGGCCUCUGUGGACAUCAGCCAGGAGCCCCUCUAUGACAUGGAGAGCAUGGACUUCAACGCUCUCAGCAUGGCCACGCAGACGGCCAUCGCCGUGGCCAUCUCCCUCCUGGCCCUGGUGGCCCUCCUGCUGGUGAUCAUGAUCUACCGCAAGCACCGCAAGCGGAAAAAGGCCAAAAAGGAGGAGAACAUCCUCUACGUCAACGACUACUCGGAUGGGCCUACCACCUUCGCCCAGCUGGAGGAGUACCGGGACGAGAGGGGCCACGAGAUGUUCGUCAUCGACCGCAACAAGCCCCUCUUCGCCACCUACAAGGACCCCCAGGGCCUGGUGGGGACCUUCCCCGAGCAGCUGCAGGAUCAAGCCACCCAGACCUUGGAAGGGGAAGACGACGGCCCCCCGGAAGCCAGCGAGCUCUUUGUCAACCAGGGACUCAUGUUCCAGCCUCAGAUUGCUUACGAAAUCCACUGCUGAAGGAUUUUGGGCAGGCGGGGAGAGCCCACAAGCAAGGUGCCCAGGAAACCUUUGGGGUGGGUGGACUCCCCCUCCCCCUGCCCCCUUAGGGGAGCUGCUUCCUUGACCUUUCACCUCCGCCCCGGCCUUCCCGAUAGGUCUGCCUUCUCUGCGGUUUAAGGUGAUGCAGGAGUGGAGCCCACGAUGCUUCGGUGACCGUUAGUGGCACCCAAUGGGGAGAUGGGGGAUUUCUUUCUAAGUCUCUCCCCUGGGAGCAAUCUCACUCCAUAGUGGCACUCCCUCGGUCUCUCUGGAGCUUCCCGGAUGCUCUCCGCAAAGACAGGAGAGCGGUUCAAGAGGCCUCCGCAAGAAGGCCCAUUCAGAAAGUGUUACAGGCGGUGCUAUUUUUCUAGAAAAAGAGGGGCCGGAACUCACCAUGAAAACAACCCCCGUUCUCUUAGAAUGGCAACGGUGCCCACCUGAGAGGUGCAGGAACCGAGUUCCAGCGAGUUCCCCCUGGAAAAACUCUGGUUAUGGGGUACUGAACUGGUGGCCACUGAUGGACAGCAACAGGCCGCAACCCUUGAUUUAUCCCAGUCGCCCCCCAAUUUGCCCUCCAAUGUGUAUCCUGUGGUUGGACAGAAGGAAUUUGACUACUCAGUGAAUGAAAGAAAAACCACUUCCUAGGCGUAAGUUUGGUCUCUUGACAAGAAGCUGAUGGAAUCCAUAAAAGUCAUACACAGUCUUGACCACCCUGUUUCCCCCCACUCUUUCCCUGACCUUCAACUGACACUGUGGAGAUGAAGCCGGGCGGGGGGCGCGGCGGGGUACACCUUCCGAGAACAGGGAGAGCUUCUCCGGCCAGAGGACAAGUGUGACAUUUGUUUUCCAAUUUGGUGUUUUGUUUUUGUUUCGUUUUAAGGAUGAAGGAAAACAUACUGUGACAAUCACAAUGAGUUGAACAGCUCCACUGUAUUUGUAAGUCCCACAGGUAGACCCCCCACCCCUCACCUGCACAGCCACCCCACCCCCCUUUUCUGGUGCUACACAACUGUGGUUUUGCAGGAACCUUGAAAACCACAGGAAAUGGGGAGGUACCACCAGGCUCUGCCAGGAAAAUGGAAAUGGCAGGGCCGCAAAGCGAUCUGAGCAAACGAGAAGCCAAUAAAAUGUAGCUGGUGCCGGGGGGGUGCCAAGGACCAGCAUUUCAUUUAUAUUAUUUAUUUAUAAAUUCUUACAGCACA